AUUGGGGACUUUAUCAUGGCUGGAAGAAAAAUUGACUCGGAUGAGGAAAUAGCUGGAGGGAACACACUGGUUGCCCACGAGUCCCCGUGUGGCCGCCCGAGGUCAACAAGAAAAGAGAAGGGAAAGAAAACGGGAGAAGAUGAGGUUGAUGAUCAAGCUGAGAGUUUUGCAUACAAGAUUCUGUCACAGGAACAAUGUACAGAGCUCCUGAGUCUAGAAGUCACAGAUAUUCAGAAAAAAUUAUGUGAAACAUUUUCUUUAUCCAACUACCGCACGCACCUGCAAGAUGCUGCUACAUUAGACUACUACACAAGCGCCAUCUGGUGGGGAAAACAACAGUCAUUUACUCCUCAACAGCUGUCCGGAUUCUUUACAGUGGUGCAUACAUUGUUUACAAAUGUCAAAGAUCAGCACCUGCAUUUAGUUGAUAAUCUGAAGGAAAUGCAGAAAAUGUUACGCGGAAUAGAACCGGAAUAUUCUGAUGUCAAAUCAGCAGGAUUAGAUUUUUUUAACUUACAGCAGGCGAAAAGCAUAUCAGAGUACAUGUUUACAAGCCUCUUUCAACAUUACAAACUGUUUGAGUUUAUGUUCUCACACACACAAGCCGAGGAGAUUAUAGGCACCGAUCUAGAGAUAGAGGUGGCUAAGCCAGCAGCCCUGCCCUUCCCCCCACCCCUGGAUGAAGGUGUGGAAGAAAGUCUGUUCACCGCCUACAUAGCCACACCCCCUCCCUCACCAGAACCAGAGGUGACAGAGGAAGCAGACAUUUUACACUUAGAACCAUCAGAGGUGGAUGAUUCUGCUAAAAUGUCAGAACCGCCACCAGUGGAGGAUAUUGAUGCUUUCUCUGAACUUACCCCACAAGAUGUCAUAGAAGUGGUAGAGAGUGUUACAAAGGAGCUGAUGUCAGGCCUACAGCUGGAUAUAGCUGCUAAACUGAGGGAGAAGGAGAACAACUUAAUUCAGAAAAUAAACAAAGUUCACAGAGUGGCUGAGACAACGUAAACAUUUGGAGGGAGUGUUUGAUAGACAGUGCUUGUUAUUAAAUGUCCACUUGUUUUGUUACUUUAACAUGUAAAUACAGUUAUAAAUAAAAAUAUAAAUAAACUACA